UUGACAGUUGACACCUAGCGCGGCUAUAAGUAUGAGCUGAGAUCACAUCUCGCUACAUUGAUAAGAACCGGCUCUUCGGCAGCUGGGAACGCAGACCUGAGUAACUUCUAAUUGGAAAAUAAUGGCCGCUCAAGUGAAACCCCCUAUCUCGAUGAUAGACCCGUCGCAACUUCUGCGACCGGAACCGACUUUCCACGACAAACCUUUAGAGGCGUUCCGUGACUACAGCGUGGAUGAUGCUGACCCCAUCAAGGAGCGAGUCCGUAGAACGUACUACGCCAUGCAUACCAACGUUACAGUUGAUCUUGUAAACCAGAAACGCGAAAAAUGGUUGAAGUUCAACCAUUUCAAGUCCACUGUCAAGGACGCGCUCAUCAAGUUGAACGACCUCGUGGACGAGUCGGACCCUGACACCAACCUGCCUAACAUCGUCCACGGCUUCCAGACCGCCGAGAGGAUCCGUCAAGAUCGCCCCGAUGACGACUGGUUCCACCUGACUGGGCUGAUUCAUGAUUUGGGCAAGGUGAUGGCAUUCUACGGCGAGCCGCAGUGGUGCGUGGUGGGCGAUACUUUCCCCGUGGGCUGCCAGUGGGCGGACUCCAUCGUGUACGGCCCGGAGAGUUUCAAGGACAACCCGGACAGCUACAACCCUAAAUACAAUACAAAAUACGGCAUGUACGAGCCCCACUGUGGCCUGGACAGCCUUCUGAUAUCUUGGAGCCACGACGAGUACUUCUACCAGUUCCUGAAGCACAACAAGAGCAAGCUGCCCGAGAAAGCUCUUUAUAUGAUCAGGUACCAUUCCCUGUACCCGUGGCACGCUGGUGGUGACUACCGCCACCUCACCAAUGCCAAGGACGAACAGAUCCUCAACUGGGUGCAUGAGUUCAACAAAUAUGAUCUUUACACGAAGAGCGCCAAAGUUCCCGACAUCGAAGCACUGUGGCCCUACUACGAGAAGCUUAUAGAAAAGUAUAUUCCCGGGAUAUGCGAAUGGUGAAGCUAAUACUUUUACGGCAAGGCCAAACCGCGGUGUCAAGCCUGCGUCUAAUGGCGUUUAGAUUCGGGGACAAUCACAACCAAACCCGUUAAUGCAAGCCUUGUGAUUGGUCGCACGCACCGUCCGCUAGGGAUGUUGGCCUUCGCUUAUGGCGAUGCGAAAACCUCUAUUACUUUUCGUUCACCGGGAAACUUUUUAACGCAUUAAUUUAAUAUGUUACUAGUAUUUGUAUGCUCACUGCUUUUAAGGUAACCUAGACACGCUUGCUACUUCUGCAGUCUGCACAUUAGUUCAAAAUGGCAUAGUUAUGUAGUGUUUUCUCACUUUCUGCCAUCAGUUGAAGAGUGUCAAAACACUGCUUAACUAUUCCGAAGUUAUGGCACCUUUAUUAAUAACGGAGUAGAUUCUUGAUGAAUAAUUAAAAACCACGCCCAUGGUGACAUACUCUGUUUUAAAACUAUACAAAAUAUCAUUAUUUUUGAAUUUUUUGUCAUUACAUAAGUUCUUAACUAAGUACUAUUCUUUAUUUGAUUAAUUAAAUAAGGAUUUUCAUACCUUCUAA